AUGGCUGACCCUCGCAUCGCCAAUAAUCUUGGCCCCGUCCUCCUUGGAGGGUUGAUUGCCCUUGGGACUUUCAAGAACGACUUUGCGAGAGUCAGGAUCCCGAUGAAAAGGAUGUUCGAUGUGAUGCACUCCGGUCUGGUCUGCGCGGGCAACUGGCAGUAUUUAAUCGAAAACUUUGGAGACCGUGAUAUUAUAGACUGGAUACCUCUAGCUGUCGCUGUGAGUACUUUCGUUGGCGGAUCGCGAUUGAGCGGGCGGCAACCUGACCGUCGGAAUUUCGCCAGCUUACAGUCAUUAACACCACGUUCGUUCACAAUCCCUGUAUCGCCUAACACUGAAUUAACCGUCAGCCCCAGAUUCUUCACGCACCGAGUCCUAGUCCUAAGCAAGAACAAUUGGUUCAUCUCAGGUCCCAUGUGGCAGCAGCAGUAUCGACUGGUCUCAUGGUGCUUAGCAAUCUCCAGGGUGCACCUACGCAGCUUCGACGCUUUCGUAACGGGAUACUCUGUCAGUCCAGAUACCGUUCAUAUGCCAGGGGUUACCCGACUAAUACCCCUUGUAUCUGUAACUGGGCAGUGGGUAUUCACCUUUGGCCUCUCGUCCGCAGCCACGCUCGACAUCCUCAUCACCGUCUCCCUAUGCUGGUACCUAGCCCAAAACCGGACGGGCAUUUCCAGUAUGGACCAGGUCGUCGAUGCCAUCAUGAUUUACACCAUCAACAACGGCAUCCUGACGUGUGUAUGCACCGUCAUCUCGCUUAUCUGCUGGGUCGUCAUGCCGCACAACCUGAUUUUCCUCGGUAUCCACUUUGCCCUGAGCAAACUGUACGCGAACUCAUUCAUGGCUACAUCCCUGCAGGAUUAA